CUCUUCCAAUCAGACAGGGAACCCUUCAUUGACGUCACGGGGUGGGCGGGGCCUCUCCAGGUUUCCCUCGCACGUGGUCUGCUGUGGCUUGGAAGGAGAAGCCGGGGAAGCUGCUUUUCCCUUGGCGGGGCCCUGAGUCUCCGCUGGGCUGCAGGGUGGUCGCCCUUGCCAAAAGGAGGCAAAUGCUCCUGCGGGGACAAAGGCAGGACAGCCCACGCCACCCAGACUUCCCCUGCAGAUACCUGUUCAUCAAGCAGCCACGUUCCACAUUUCCAGGGCAUGGAGCUUGCUUCUCAAACGUGGCCAGUGAAUAUGACUGCUGCAAACCGCACAGAGACUUUAGCACUACUGUCUCAGCACUCCCCUCCUCCCUCCAAUGAGAGCCCUCUUUACAGCGACUAUCAACCGCCUGUCUUUGACCUUCUUCCUAUACCCAAGGCUGUGCUUUACAUGCUCAUGGCUGCUGCUGUGGUGGUGAGUGUGGCCUAUGCCAUUGUAGGCCACUUGAUCAAGGACUUGGCACAUGACCUGGCAGACUGCCUGCUGGGACCACAGCCUGAGGAACCUGACAAAGAAGAGACAGAGCCUUCACCUUUUUCAGGCUUCCAGCCCUCCCUCCUAGCCAAGACUCGUGCGUGCACCUGCUCAACACACCAUGCUGCAGAGGUACAUAUAACUCUAGAAGAGAUACCACAGACAACCUAAGGACUGGAAAAAUAAGAAAUAGCCUUGCAGAAAAUGAAGGGGCAGGCCUGAGUUCUUGGCUUCCUGAGCUGAGUGGGAAGGAACAAGCACAAAAGCCAAGAAGAAGGAGCUAGCCAAGCAUAUCAAGGAGUAAGCAACUGUUCUGCAGCAGCCGCCCCAUAUACUCCUACCAAUGGCUAGUUGUUGCCGUCCUGGAACUGCUUCCUGUGUGGUGUUAAUUCAACUUCCAGGAGCCUUUGCUUUAGGCCAUGGCCAGACAGAGCUUUGGUCUAAACAGCCCCAAAUCUUUCUUGAUGCUACAAAGAACUGAGGGAGAGUUCUUGGACUUCUGCCCAUCGACUAUGGCCCAUGAAUUAGCCUACUGUCUUGGAGCUACACGGCUUUCAUUGACUCACCCAUGAGGAGUAAGAUCAAACCUAGAAUGAUGAGGUAAAGCCUACAAAACAAAAAAAGAUCAACCACUCAGUCAUCAAAACACAGCUUCCACUGAGGAGUCUUCAUUCCGGCAGGCAGAACAACCAAGGUUUUGAGAGGACAUGUGUGAUUCCUGUAGCUCUGCCAUCUUAAAGACAUUUUUGGUACAAUAAAAACCUGCUGUUCACUUUAACAAUUUUCCUUGUGCCAUUAUACUCCCCGACAGGUAUUAGUUAUCCUUCAUUAUUUAGCACCCACCUACGUCUACUCCUUUUUGACAGACAGUAUACUGAUCCUUGUCAAUCAUCUAAGCCUUGCAACAGGUCCAGUACAUCUCAAUUCUGGCCAUUAACGGAGACUUUCUUCUAAGGAGGUCUGAAAACUGAUCACAAAGGAAAUAUAAUUACACUGUGUAACAAAAUUUGGACAUUUUUCUGUUCCUGGUUUGAAAGUGUUAUUUCCUAUUUAAUUAUGCAGUGCUUACUUUGAAAGUAGUAGUUAUACUCCAGAAACUUCGUUUUUGUGUUUGACACAAACUAUGUUGAAUUGGUUGAGACUCUGUGAGAUAUUCACUGAAAAACUAUAGCAAAUUGUGCUGCAGGAUGUCUCACAAAAACAAUGUUUUUGCAGUUUAAUAAACUUUUUUCAAUGAUGGAACCAAUAAAGUAAUGAAACUUACAACCCAGGAACAAAAAUCGUGUUACAUAAUGUUAUGUGCAUGGUGCCAGAAUGCCUACUGAUUCCUUUCCAAAAUCAAUUCCCAUGUACCCAACCAAGAACAUAUCCUUUAGUAUUGAAAAAGUCAUAGAUCUACUAUUAUGCCCCAGAUACUCCUCUGACCUACAUUUGGGGGGGGGGGGG